AUCCAACCAGUUAGUAGAGCCAUCUAUUGGAGAAUUUAAAAAUAUACAAUCAUAUAAAGGGAAGAACUGCUACAACACUUGAAACACGUACCAUUUAAAUAAUGAAUUAAGGUUUUUAAUUACUGGUCACUGAGUUGCUGAUUGUAUCUGAAUACGAUAAAUUAACAAUGAUAUACUUUAAGGUGAUAAUGGUUAGAACGAUAAUAAUGUAAUAGCCAUUUUCUCGUCUUAAAUAAUAACUUCUAAACUGAAAUAUCGAUCUGUUGCUUACGAAAACGUAUGAUCGAAUAUUACAUGUGAUAUAAAUGAGAGUAACGUAGCAUAAUUAGUAAAAUUGAGAGGAAAACGAUUAGAGACUACCACAUUAAUUAAUGCUGGCCUGUUGUUUAUGAAGCACUGAUAAAACGAAUAUCACACCAUGUUGGCGUAAAAGAAAUUUCUUCAUUCAGAUGUGUGUCUGAUAUUUUUAUUGAUGUUCAUCGAUUAAAAGAAGAGCAUACAUUUAUAAGCCACAUUCAUCAAUACAUCAAGCUCUUUAUAUAAAUAAAGUCUUCGACAAUUGAUGGGAAAGUAUUUCUUCUGGACAAUGCAAAUUAACAGCAACAUUUACUUGUCUUCACUGUCUGGAAUGUAAAGGCGAUGAUCAAUUUACAGGUUAAUUAACAUUUAAUAAUUUUACAAAAGAUUAUAUCUUCUGUUUUAGAUUUUAAAUGAGAUCACUGAUGAAAGAAAUAUAACAUUAAAUUAUUCUCUGACAAUUGUGACACAACUUAACACAAACAUUCAUAGAAAUGAAAAAAACACUAUCAUUGUGAUAUGGUAUGACAAAUUAUUCUCUCAUAAUGAAUAAUUUAGAUAAACCAAAAAAUACUGAUGCAGGAGUGAGGCCAUAUCAUUCUCAUAUCCAUGGUAAAUCAUUUUCUGAAAAUGAUGUUUUAACUAGUCAACAAAGUACUCACUCAGGAGAGAAACCAUAUCACUGUGAUGUCUGUGGUAAAUCAUUCUCUGAAAAUGGUACCUUGACUCGUCAUAUGCGUACACAUACAGGAGAGAAGCCAUAUCGUUGUGAUAUCUGUGGUAAAUCAUUCUCUCGAAGUGGUGCCGUGACUACACACAAACGUACACAUACAGGAGAGAAGCCAUAUCAUUGUGAUAUCUGUGGUAAAUCAUUCUCUCAAAGUUAUACCUUGACUACACACAAACGUACACAUACAGGAGAGAAGCCAUAUCAUUGCAAUAUAUGUGGUAAAUCAUUCUCUGAAAGUGGUCACUUGGCUAAACACAAACCUAUACAUACAGGAGAGAAGCCAUAUCAUUGCAGUAUCUGUGGUCAAUCAUUUUCUAGAAGUAGUCAUUUGACUAAUCAUAUACUUAUUCAUACUGGGGAAAAACCAUAUCAGUGUGAUAUCUGUGGUAAAUCAUUUACUAAGAAUAGCUCUUUAACUAGUCACAAACGUAUACACACAGGAGAGAAGCCAUAUCAUUGUAACAUCUGUGGUAAAUCAUUUUCUGAAAAUAGCAAACUGACUCGUCAUAAACAUAUCCAUACUGGGGAAAAACCAUAUCAGUGUGAUAUCUGUGAUAAGUCAUUCUCUCAAUUUAAUGAAUUAACUCGUCACAAACGUGUUCACACUGGUAAGAAGCCAUAUCACUGUAACAUUUGUGGUAAAUCAUUUUCUGUUAGAUGUAGCUUAACUACACACAAGCAUACACAUUCAGAAGAGAAGCCAUACCAUUGUGAUAUCUGUGGUAAAUCAUUCUCUGUUAGAUUUAGCUUAACUAUACACAAACAUACACAUACAGGAGAGAGGCCAUACCAUUGUGAUAUCUGUGGUAAAUCAAUAUCUCGAAAGAGUAACGUAAAUAAACACAAACGUACUCAUACAGGAGAGAAGCCAUAUCAUUGUGAUAUCUGUGGUAACUCAUUCUCUGAGACAUCUUCCUUAACUAAACACAGACGUACACACACAGGAGAGAAACCAUAUCAGUGUGAUAUCUGUGGUAAAUCAUUUUCUGAAAAGAGUAAUGAAACUAGACACAAACGUACUCAUACAGGAGAGAAACCAUACCAUUGUGAUAUUUGUGGUAACUCAUAUUCUGGAGGAUCUUCUUUAACUCAACACAGACGUACACACACAGGAGAGAAGCCAUAUCAGUGUGAUAUCUGUGGUAAAUCAUUUUCUGAAAGUAAUACCAUAAAUAAACACAAAUGUACUCAUACAGGAGUGAGGCCAUACCAUUGCGAUGUCUGUGGUAAAUCAUUUUCUAAAAAUGCUAAUUUGACUACUCACAAAUUCAUUCAUACAGGGCAAAAACCAUAUGACUGUGAUACCUGUGGUAAAUCAUUCUCUGAAAGAUCUUCCUUAACUAAGCACAGCCAUACACAUACGGUAGAGAAGCCAUAUCAGUGUGAUAUCUGCGGUAAAUCAUUCUCUCUAAAUAAUCGUUUGAAUAUUCAUAAACGCAUUCAUACUGGGGAAAAACCAUAUCAUUGUGAUAUCUGUGGUAAAUCAUUUACUAAGAAAAGCACUUUAACUUGUCACAAACGUCUUCAUACAGGAGAGAAGCCAUAUCAUUGUAAUAUCUGUGGCAAAUGUUUCACUCAAAAUGGUGAGUUGAUUAAACACAAGCUUACACAUACAGGAGAGAAAGCAUUUCAUUGUAAUAUCUGUGGUAAAUCAUUUUCUGAAAAUAGCAAACUGACUCGUCAUAAACGUAUCCAUAUUGGGGAAAAACGAUAUCAGUGUGAUAUCUGUAGUAAAUCAUUUUCUCAUAAUGGUACUUUAACCUGUCACAAACGUAUUCAUACUGGAGAAAAACCAUAUCAGUGUGAUAUCUGUGGUAAAUCAUUUUCUAAGAAUAGCACUUUAACUAGUCACAAACGUAUUCAUACAGGAGAGAAACCAUAUCAUUGUGAUAUCUGUGGUAAAUCAUUCUCUCAAAACGGUCACUUAAGUAGACAUUUGACUAAUCAUACACAAGUGUAACAUUAUUAAUAUCAAAAUUUAUUACAACAGGACAAUUAUGAAUAUUUUGUUUGCUAAAAGACAAGGAUUUUCCCUUUUAAGCUUAACGUUAUUAACUUCAAGUUCAUGAAUGGCAAUAUGAAAUUGAUGAAUAUCAACCUUAAUAUCAUGUCGUCGUCGUCGUUUAACGUCCGCUUUAUAUAUGGAAAUAUAUUAACAGAGCAAUGACUUUGAUUUCUGAAGAUGAUUGUGCUGAAUUUUGGAGAAAUUUGUUCUGAGAGAAUAAAAGAAUGGGAAUAAUGAAUAAAAGUUUUAAGUGACAUUG